CAAAAACCCUCUCGCUGCCCCCUUAAACUUGCUUCAUCUCUUCCUCGUCCCGGCGGCUGAGUUAAUUGUUCCGACACUAGAGUCUUCCAGAAACAUUUGCAAAAAGGAUCAAAGUCUUGUCUUUCGUCUCUUAGAAAACCUAAUUUCGAGGUCCCUUCGGAGUCUACAAUUCUCAUAACCAGCUCUUCUAUUGCAAAACUAAAAGAUGUCGAGGAUCUGUGUGAAGAAUCUGCCCAAAGAAGUGGCAGAGGCUCGUCUUCGAGAUGUUUUCUCAAAGAAAGGAGAAAUCACAGACGCUAAAUUGCUGCGUUCCAGGGAAGGUACAAGUAGACAAAUGGCUUUUAUUGGGUUUCGUAGUGAACAAGACGCUCAAGAAGCUAUCAAAUACUUCAACAACUCUUACCUUGAUACUUUCCGUAUCUCUGUUGAGAUUGCUCGUAAAGUGGGAGACGAGAACGCUCCCCGUCCUUGGAGUCGUCAUUCGCUCAAGAAAGAAGAGAAACUCAAAGAGAAUAGUGAAAAGAACAAAAAGAGCAAGAAGGAACAAGAGGUUGAUGAUCCUAUGCGCGAGGAGUUUCUCGACGUUAUGCUGAGGGGCAAGUCGAAGAUAUGGUCCAAUGACACGUCGGUUGCUCCAUCCGUUAAGAAAGAGAAGGAGGUGUUGGUGAAGAAAGCUGAUGAGCCAGUUGUUGUUUCCAGUGGUGCUGCUGAGAGGUCAUCAGAUACUGAAAAGAGUAAAAAGAGGAACGUUGUUGCUCCUACUGAUGAUGUUGACGAUUUGGAGUACUUCAAGAGCAGGGUCAAGAAAAACCUGUCGGAUUCGGACAGUGAUAGUGAAUCUGGUAGUGAUGAAGACAAAGCUGAUGAUGGUGAAGCUGACGCUGAUACUCGUAUUUCUCCCGUUGAUGGCGAUGAUGAUGAAGUUGAGGAAGGUGGUGAUGAAGAUGCCAUGGAGGUCGAAGAAGAAGAUGAUGGCAAGAUGGCUCAAGAUUCAAAACCUGACAGUGAUGAUGUUCUCCAGACUGGUCGCCUUUUCGUCCGGAACCUGCCUUACACUGCAACGGAAGAAGAUCUUAUGGAACAUUUUAGCCCAUUCGGUGAGAUAUCAGAGGUCCAUCUUGUUCUUGACAGGGAGACUAAAAGGUCCAAAGGAGUUGCCUACAUCCUCUACCAGGUUCCGGAACAUGCAGCAAGGGCAAUGGAGGUAUUAGAUAACGAUUUUUUCCAGGGGCGGUUGCUUCAUGUUUUACCAUCCAAGCCUCGUGUAACGUUUGAUAAACAAGUGGAUGAAACUUCUAAUCUGUCUAAAACAUUCAAGCAAAAGAAGGAGGAAGCAAGAAAGGCGUCUGAAGCAGGUGGAAACACAAAGGCUUGGAAUAGUUUGUUCAUGCGACAGGACACUAUUCUAGAAAACACAGUCAGGGUGUAUGGCGUAAGCAAGAGCGAGCUGCUUGACCGUGAAUCUGAUGAUCCUGCCGUACGCCUUGCUCUGGCUGAAACAAAAGUGAUUGCAGAGACCAAAGAAGCCCUUGCUAAGGCUGGAGUUAAUGUCGCUGCUUUGGAAGCGUUCGCUACAGGGAAAGGUGAUGAGAAGAACCGAAGCAAACACAUUCUCUUGGUUAAGAAUUUGCCAUUUGCUUCGACUGAAAAGGAACUGGCACAAAUGUUUGGAAAAUUUGGAAUUGAAAAAAUUAUUCUCCCUCCAACGAAGACAAUGGCCUUGGUUGUUUUCCUUGAACCGGCUGAUGCACGUUCAGCUAUUAAGAAGAUGGCAUACAAGCGUUACAAAGAUGCUCCCCUGUAUCUCGAGUGGGCUCCUGUAGAUAUUCUUGAGCCAAAAACAGUUCCUGAGAACAAAGAAGAGAAGAGUGAUGAUGGAGUAAAUGAUCUGAGAAGAGUCAACUUGGAACAGGAGGUUAACCUCGAUCCUGACGUAACUGAGUCAAAUGUCCUUCAUGUUACGAAUCUGAGCUUCAAAACGACUGAUGAGAGUUUGAUGAAGCAUUUGAAAGACCUGGUGAAGCAGGGAAAGAUACUGAGUGUGAAGAUAAUGAAGCAUGUAAAGAAUGGGAAGAAUGUUUCAAGCGGUUAUGGUUUUCUCGAAUUCGACUCUGUUGAGACAGCGACCAGUGUCUUUAGAGAUCUACAGGGAACUUCUCUUGAUGGGCAUGCUUUGAAGUUGAGGUUUACUGAACACAAGCGUAGGGACACGGUUGCCAAAGGCUCAGACAAAAUUUCAACAAAGCUACAUGUGAAAAAUGUAGCUUUUGAGACAACCGAGAAGGAAUUAAGACAGCUUUUCAGUCCAUUUGGACAGAUCAAGGGUCUCAGGCUUCCAAAGAGGAAUAUAGGACAGUACGCAGGUUAUGCUUUUGUUGAAUUCAUGACAAAGCAAGAAGCUUCAAACGCCAAAAAAGCACUGUCGAGCACCCAUUUCUACGGACGCCAUUUGGUGAUCGAGUGGGCCAAAGACGACAAUAGCAUGGAAGAGAAGAGGCGUCGUUCUGCUGCCAAGUAUCAAGAAAACGACACUCCAAAGAGAAGGAGAACAGCUGAAUAGCCACACACCCCUCUGUUAAAAAGUUUCGUGUUGGUGUUAAGUCUGUCCACUGUGUGUGGUUCCCAUGGUUGAAAUUUUGCUCUGUACUGGCUUCUACUUGUUUUAAUUUUUUUUUUUUUUACGAAUAGAUAAAUGUGCUAAAUACAGAGAUUUCUAUAGAA